AUGUUUGUCCAGAUUGGCAGAAAUGAUGAAUUUAUAAAGUUCGACUAUCCAAGACCGGAUCCUGGAGGUGAAGAAGGCAAAAAUCACGUACAUAAAGCCAACGUGUACGAUGUCGAUGGAUACAAAACAACUCAAGAGUUAAAACCCCCUCCAGCGGAAAACAAUUAUGGAGUAGAGUUAAAACCCCCUCCAGCGGAAAACAAUUAUGGAGUUUAUGCCAUCGACACCGAGUCGGUACACACGAAGAAGGGUCUCGAGGUGUGCAAGGUGACCGUGAUAGACAUCAACUGCAAAGUGGUCUACGACGAGUACUGUUUACCAACUUCCGAUAUCAUUGACUACAACACAUAUUGGAGUGGAAUAAAGAAGGAAAAUUUGCAUGAUGUAACAAAGACGUUCGCAGAAUUGCGUGAUGAUCUUCUGGCUAUAUUCAAUAGAGACACUAUCCUUGUUGGUCAUGGGCUAAAUCACGAUUUGAUGGUCCUCAAGAUUCUACACACCAAGAUCAUUGACACAGUGAUGUUGUACUCGCAUCCACUGGGACUCCCACGGAGACGAUCUCUAAAAGACAUUGCUUCAUCUGAGCUGCAGAGGGAAAUCCAAGUUGGAGACAUUUACAGAAAGUGCUUGAGCAAAGUACUUUCAGAGGCUCAGCUUCGAGACCUUGACUACGCCAGGCCGGACCCAGAACGAGAGUUGGGCAGAGUUUGUCUCUAUGGCGAUCAUCAUGGUUUCAAGCAAGGUUAUUGUAGAAAUUGUUGUCGCCCAUUUGAUACCUCUUUUGCGAAUCGCUCGCCGUGUGACUUCCAUCUUGAGCGCUCAAGAAAAAUGCGUGGAGUUCAAAUGCCUUACGGUUGCUGUGGCCGGUCUUUCGGGUCGAAAGGAUGUCAGGCGGUUUCUACUCAUGUGCAUAAAGAAAAUUUGUAUUUGGACACAAACGGGUUUAAAGUCACACCGCAACUAAAGACACCACAUGACGGGAGUUAUGGUGUAUAUGCUCUUGACACAGAGUCGGUCCACACGACGAAGGGAAUCGAGGUGUGCAAAGUGACAGUUCUAGACACCAACUGUCGAGUGGUGUACGAUCAAUUUUGUUUGCCAACAAAUGAAAUUGUUGACUACAACACCAUAUUUAGUGGUAUCAGAAAAGAGGAUUUAAAUGGUGUAACCAAAACAUUUGAAGACGUCCGUAAUGAUCUUCUAGAAUUGUUCAACAGAGAUACAAUUUUAGUUGGACAUAGUCUUUUUAACGACCUAAAUUUGCUUAAGAUUGUGCACAGCAACGUGAUCGACACCGCAGUGUUAUACCCCCACCCAAGAGGUCUACCUCUGAAACGGUCUCUCAAAGACAUUGCCUUGACCGAACUUAACAGGAACAUUCAGAGCGGAGGAGGCCACGACAGCAAGGAGGAUGCCGAGGUCACGAUGAAGUUGUUGCUAAGGAAACUGUAAUCAACGAGUUUUGCCUGUUUUAUGGUACAAAAAGACCACAUUGUGCUGUUUUUAGUUGACUUUGUUGCUUUGUUCUUCAAUUUGUCCGCAUGACUACUGAUCUCUAAUCAAUAAUUGACGUUUUAUGAUUUGUUUUCGCUUGUGAUGAGGAAUAGUUUGUUUUAAAUAAUUAACAUGGCAAAUAAUUGGCAUCUAUUUCGUUGCAAAAGUUGUUAUGUGUGCUACAAAGUGAAUGUGUUUUUAUAUGAACUGGCAAUUUGUAUUGGUUUGCAUCAUAACAAAUAUGUAUUGACAACAUUGUUUAUGACACAUGUGCGACGAAGUUAUAUUGUUUUUUAAAUAUAUUAAAGGUGGUUUUUGAAUCCGGUAUAUAAUCAAUUUGAAUUCAUAAUAAUUAAAUACCUUCUAUUUGAAGAGUAAAUCAGUCUUUUUUAAUAGAGACUUUCUUUGUAUCGUAUGCACACUAAAAAGUCUGUUAUCCGUUGAUAACAAGUAUUAUUAAUGCUGUCGAACUAUUUAUAAAUUAAAAAACAAUUUGUGGUAAAAACAACGUGUAUAUUUAUCGCCGGAACACUUUUAGACCUCGUUGGCAUAACACAAUUGCCUGUUCACAGUUCAGAAACAAAACAUCUUCAGAAAAUUUUCAAAGAUUCAAAAUAUGUUUUAAUGAAUGCAUGACAUUAAACAAGUCUUUUUUACCAAGAACAAAUGUUUUACCUACUUAUUUGAACGUUUCCGCAUCAAUCAAAAUCGUUCAAUAAACAUGUGCAACACUUUCGUCGAUCAUUUAGAAAAAAUGUGGUAGCCUUUCGCUGUCAAUUGUGCAUGGUUCAAACCCUAGGAAAAACAAACUUGUUCAUGCUAUAUAC